CACUCAUUGUCUCACUUCAAAAAUAUCACGCCUCCCUCUCUUCCUCACGUCCCCUCACCCUCACAAGCAGCAGGCGACACACUAAAGCCCAACAGCAGUAGCCGUGACUUCCUCCAUCAGUCCGAUUGCGUUUUCCUUUCCCACGACAGCCACCAACAGCACCGGCUCAACUCCUCCCUCCAAGAGCAGCAGCAACUGCGUUUACUUCUCCUGACCAGCAGCAGCGGCUGUUUUGGCCCCCCAACGUUACCGUGCUCCAUCUACACCAACAUCACUGCAACAAUUAACUAUAGUUUCACCCCUUUUCCAGUCCCACCAUUAUAAGCCACUUCUUCUUCCCUUGUUUGAUUUUUACUUGUUUCUAAUUGAAAUUUUAACAAGUUUAUGAGGUUUUACUUGUUUUAUAAUUAGAAAUAUUGACUUUUGUGAAAAUUAUAAGUUUGACUUAUUUUAAAAUUAGAAAUAUUAUUUUUUGUGAAAUUAUAAGUUUUAUUUGUUUUAUAACUAAAAUGUUGACUUUACAUCUAGGAUAUACAUAUACAACAUAUACCCCUGUCAAGGGUAAAUUUCGAAUUAUUUAAUUCGUUCCAUUUAAAUGGGGACAAAGGGGUUAAUAAAUUAAAAACCUAAAGAACAACUGUUACGGUUGGGUUGCGCCAUAUAUAUGAAAGAGUAUACAAUAAUGAUGUAUUUGGCGAAUCAAAUACAUGGUCUAUUAACAAACCAUUUUGAUUAGUUGAUAAUAUUAAUUGAGAAUUUUAUGAAAGAUUCUUGUAAAAGGUUUUCUUAAGGCCGAAUUUAUGUCGAGUAGACCUUGUUGCUUUGUUGUAAAAAAUUUAAAAUUGAAUUUGUAGGGAGGAACUUAUGUCACCACAAACAGAGACUAAAGCAAAUGUUGGAUUUAAAGCUGGUGUUAAAGAUUACCGAUUGACUUAUUAUACUCCUGAGUAUGAAACCCUAGAUACUGAUAUCUUGGCAGCAUUCCGAGUAACUCCUCAACCUGGAGUUCCACCUGAAGAAGCGGGGGCUGCAGUAGCUGCCGAAUCUUCUACUGGUACAUGGACAAGUGUAUGGACCGACGGACUUACCAGUCUUGAUCGUUACAAAGGACGAUGCUACAACAUCGAGCCCGUUGCUGGAGAAGAAAAUCAAUAUAUUUGUUAUGUAGCGUAUUCUUUAGACCUUUUUGAAGAAGGUUCUGUUACUAACAUGUUUACUUCCAUUGUGGGUAACAUAUUUGGGUUCAAAGCUUUGCGUGCUCUACGUUUGGAAGAUUUGCGAAUCCUUGUUGCUUAUGUCAAAACUUUCCAAGGCCCGCCUCACGGUAUCCAGGUUGAAAGAGAUAAAUUGAACAAGUAUGGUCGUCCCCUAUUGGGAUGCACUAUUAAACCCAAAUUGGGGUUAUCCGCUAAAAACUAUGGUCGAGCAUGUUAUGAAUGUCUUCGUGGUGGACUUGAUUUUACCAAAGAUGAUGAAAACGUGAAUUCCCAGCCGUUCAUGCGUUGGAGAGACCGUUUCCUAUUUUGUGCCGAAGCUAUUUAUAAAUCACAAGCCGAAACAGGUGAAAUCAAAGGGCAUUGCAAACCUAAUAAGUUUAUUUAUUUUUCUAAACUUGAAAUAUUGAUUUUUGAUGAACUUAUUGAAUUUUGUAAACUUAUCCAAAUGAUGCAAUUUUAACUUGAUUUUUAAUUAGAAUAUUUUAUUUUUUUUGAAGAGAAUAUAGUUUUAUUUAUUGUAAAGUUGGAAAUGUUGAUUUUGGGAACUUAUUUAAAAAGAAAUAGAUUU